AUGGCCUCCAAGCCUGAUAUCGAUCAUGUCGAGACGGUAGAGGUAGGGUCUGAAACCCCUACCCCAGCAGGGACCGCCCGUCUACUAGAUGAUGGCGAGGUCCGUCUCAUUCCUAUUCCAACCAGAGAUCCCUGUGACCCCUUGAACCUGCCCAUGUGGCACAAAAUAACCAUUCACCUAACAGUGAGCUUUUUUUCUAUGACUGGAAUCCUUCUCGUCAGUGGCAUGGGUGCUGUCCUGCCAUUGAUUGCGGCUUCCUACCCAGACGUCAAAAAUACCGCAGAUCUAAAUGUCUAUCCCACUUUGUUUAUGGGAAUAGGAAAUUUGAUUGCCAUGCCAUUGUCUCUGGCCAUUGGUCGCCGUCCCGUUUAUCUUUUCUCAUCACUUCUACUCGUUAUCGGAAGCAUCUGGUGUGCUUUCGCCCCCGACUUCAACAGCCACCUCGCUGGAAGAGACUUUUUGAGUUUAGGGGCUGGUCAGAGUGAAGGCCUUUGUGUCAUGAUUGUGCAGGAAAUGUUUUAUCUUCACCAAAGAGGACGAGCGUUGGCUUGGUUCUCCGGAAUUACUACCGUGGGAAGCACUGCCCUAAUGAUUGCAUCAACCUUUAUCUGCACGGCAUGGGGUUGGCGAUGGUGGUAUGGUGUCUUUGGCAUUCUGAAUGGGGUGGUCCUGAUUUUUUCUGUUCUUUUUGUCGUGGAGACUAAAUACGAACGGUCUCCCGAAGCUCUUCGUGGCGAGAUUCCAUCUUUUAGUAGAUCCGACGGCCUCAAAGGCAAAGACAACGACUUAACGCGAGUGACUACACGACACCUUCCUACACUCGACGAUGUGAAUUACUCACCACGAAGCUUUAUUAGCGACCUCAAACCUUGGCAAGGCCAUUCGGAAUGGUCAGCGGCUCUUAUUUGCUACAAGCAUAUGGUACAGAUUGCGCUCUUUCCUCACAUCCUCUGGCUCAUCUUGUGUUGUGGUGCGUUCCUUGGUGUUUAUGUUCUCUAUGCCUCAGUAUUCUCAGGUAUCCUCACGUCUGUUCCAUACAACUUUAGCUUUGAGGUGGUUGGGGCAGUCAUGGCCGGCCAAAUUAUCGUCUGCUUUGUCUUUAUUCCGGUAAUCGGGUAUGGGACGGACCAUUUAACCAAAUAUCUGAGCAAACGCAAUGGUGGAAUUGUAGAGGCGGAAUAUCGACUUCUCCCAUUAAUCAUCCCAUGGCUAGUCACUAUCGCCUCAUGCGUGAUUUUUGGGCGUGCGGCUGCCGACCCAUUCCAUUGGCACUGGGCAGCAGUCGUUAUUACGUAUAAUUCGGAGUAUAUUGGCUUCAUGAGUAUUGUGCUCUCUUCGUUUACUUAUGCAAUUGAAGCCCACCCAACCCGUGUGGGCCCCUCGGUUGUCGUGUUAUGUGCCAUGAGAGGGUUUAUCUCUUGGGGCCUUUCCUGGGGUAGUUUACGGUUUGUUCAGAGUCAAGGAUAUGAAGGUGCAUUCAAUAUAUGUGCUAUUGUCCUUGGUAUUCUUGGAGUAGUUGGAAUUCCAAUCUACUUCUUCGGAAAGAAGCUCAGAAUCAUUACACAAAGAUGGACUUAG